GACGUGAGCCUUAGAUGGAGGGUCUUAAUUUACCAGAAGCACGUAUACUCGUGACGCUCAGCAGCAGUCAGCAUAUACUCGUGAUCGAAGAUUCUAUACUUUAUCAGCAGCAGCAUACAAUCGGGAUGGAGGAUUCUACUUUACUAGCAGCAACGUAUACUCGUCAUGGGCUAGUCUCCUUUGGCAGCAUCAGCAUACAUACACUCGGAGUGAGCUGGUUUGUAUGUAAUGCUAUUGAUGUCGAAGUAACAAGCACGGCAACUCAAUACAAUAUGGCGGAUACCCAGGGAAAGGUCAACUUAAUGCUUGAUUGAAUGGAUAUCAUAUUCAUCAAAUACUUUGACAUUGAAACGCAACCCUCAAACCCCGUGGAUCAUAUCGUUGUUAAACCUAAGUAUGCUGUUUAGUCGCUUGCGGUCGUGAUUAA